AUGAACGCAAGCAGGAUCCUUUUGAGCAGCCAAAAAGUGUUAAAAAGAAAUGUAGAGUUUAAGGAAAUAUUCACCCCGAGGUGGUUCCUAGAAGCGCCCAACUACAGCCGUAUGCCCCUAUGGAGAAGGUUUUUUGAAGGCCAAUACACAAAUGGGUCCUUUCUAUUCUUUGGCAAUGCCUGGACAUCCAUGUUUGCCUUCGCCUUCAUGUUAUGGUUCUCAAGAAUAUUUGACCCACCCCCCUUAGAGAGGGUUGACAGGUACUGGCUCAACUCUCCGAAGUUCAGAAUUCUAUCUGCCUUUUACAAUGAAGGGAAGAGGCCAGGUGUAAAAAUAUCUCUGAUGACGUACGAAGCGAGGUACUUCUACAGGGGCAUAGAUCACCCCUUUACCAUCAACGAGAUAAAAGAUUUGUGGUUUAAGUUGAGGGAGAAUUACUUAAUUGAAAGCAUCCCGGCGAUUCAGUACCCCCACGUUUUUAGGCAGUAUAACAAUGUGUCUACUCCUGCGGAUUUGCACGUGCAUCUUCACUGAGGGAAAUUGUCUCUCCGUUAUUUUGGGAUGCAUCACUUGUGUGCAUGGCGGUGUGGCGUAACAGAGUUGAGGCCCUCCACUUGCGCUGUGACUUGUAGUGCGCGACAUACCAUUUGAAGACAGUCUCAUGUGUGGCAUCUGGACCAGAACGUUUCCUAUUACGGGGGCCCUCCCCUCAUUCGCGAAGCCACUUGGCAACCAUUUGGAAACCAUUUGACAACCAUUCGGGGGAGACCCAAUCGGUACCCCUUGCGCCCGGCGCCUCCCGUUUAGACCUUUCACACACGGGCGCGUUUUGAGCAGCCAACUGUGUUCAUUCGUUCGGUCGAUCAAUCGAUCGCGCGCUGCUUGGUUUUUCACUUUUUUUUUUUUUUUUUUUUUCCUGCCUAGGAUAACCCACAACAGGCAUAACUUCUUCUCCAGGAAGUCGUCGCACUGGGGCGUUU